UGUCUGCAAUUGUACCGAAGCCUCAGAAUGCAAGAAUUACCUCAGUCAAUCUGCACAGCACUUUGCAGUGGGAUGCACCAAGGUUUCCCAGAGGGAGUAUCAGCUACACCGUCAGGGCCAAGAGCAUCAAUUUCCCUGGAGAGGCCUAUGAAAACGUGACGACAAACCUGAGCCUGACAGAGUGUGACAUCUCUUCCCUGUCUGCCUACGGGGACUAUGUCCUGCAGCUCAGAGCAGAGGCAGGACAGGACCAUUCUGACUGGGUCACCCUCAGGUUCAAGCCAAUGGAUGACACUCUCAUUGGGCCUCCCGAGGUGAAGGUGAAGUCGGAGUCUGGGUCUCUGCACGUGGAUUUCUCAGGUCCUUUUGCUGACCAUGAUGAGGACAAGUGGCCCCUGAGGCAAUAUUAUGGCUCCUGGAAUUACAGGAUCUGGUACUGGAAGAAAGGCAGCAAAGCAGUACCUCAUGUAGAUACUAAACACAACUCUGAAAUCUUAGCCCAGCUGGAGCCAUGGACAGUUUACUGUGUCCAAGUGCAAGGAGUGAUCCCUGAGUGGAACAAGACAGGAGAGCUGAGCAGGGAACUGUGUGAACAAACCACGCACAAUGGUGUCACUCCUGUGUGGCUCAUUGUGACUGUGCUGAUUGGGUCCAUGUUGGUCGUUUUUGUAUCUAUUCCUGUUUGUUUCUUCUCCUCCUUUUACCUGUAUCGACUCACCAAACAUGUUUUCUUCCCUUCAUACACCUUCCCUCAGCACCUGAAAGAGUUCCUGAACAAGCCCCCGAGCUCUGCGCCGUCCUUCUGCCCAGCGCCGCGCGAGGAGCAGCUACACUGGGACUGGGUCACCGUGGUGGCUGAGGAGCCUCAGGAGCAGCGUGAGGAGAGCAUGGCUGAGGAGACACCUCCAGAGCAGCUCCAGG